UACCGUCACUACGGAGCAGCGAAGAGGACAAACUGCGUCGCCCGCAUCUGAGCCCCGCCCCACGUAAAGCACCGCAUUGGUCCUCUGAUUGUCCAAGAACCGCCUCUCGCCAUUAGUCCCGCCCCCGGAGCCGAGAAUUGGCCGUCGUGUCUCCACCCCCUAUGUUCAUUGGCCAGGCCGGCUGCGGGUGACAGUGAGUAGCAGAAGCCGGGCCUAGCGCUCCGGAUCAGGCCGAGCUGGGCCGAACAGACAGAGCCCAGGAAUCGCUCGGGUCGCGGUUCCUGAGGUGACACGCGAGACCGGCUAUUGAAAUUCUAAGGCCCGGACUGGGCCUGGCCUGGGGUGCCUGAGGAGCCCUAGCAGCGGCAGAGCCAGGGCAUCGAGGGCUGGAGUGGAGCAGACACUGUCCAUGGAGCUGGUGGACCGGGUGGACAGGGGGCGGCGGUGAUGGCGCAGUUUGACACGGAAUACCAGCGCCUAGAGGCCUCCUACAGCGACUCACCCCCCGGGGAGGAGGACCUGCUGGUGCAUGUCGCCGAGGGGAGCAAGUCCCCUUGGCACCACAUUGAAAACCUUGACCUCUUCUUCUCUCGAGUCUAUAAUCUACACCAGAAGAAUGGCUUCACGUGUAUGCUCAUUGGGGAGGUAUUCGAGCUCAUGCAGUUCCUUUUUGUGGUUGCCUUCACUACCUUCCUGGUCAGCUGUGUGGACUAUGACAUCCUAUUUGCCAACAAGAUGGUGAACCACAGUCUUCACCCUACCGAGCCUAUCAAAGUCACUCUGCCAGAUGCUUUUUUGCCUGCCCAAGUGUGCAGUGCCAGGAUUCAGGAAAAUGGCUCCCUUAUCACCAUCCUGGUCAUCGCUGGUGUCUUCUGGGUCCACCGACUUAUCAAGUUCAUCUACAACAUUUGCUGCUACUGGGAGAUCCACUCCUUCUACCUGCAUGCCCUGCGUAUCCCCAUGUCUGCCCUGCCGUACUGCACGUGGCAGGAAGUGCAGGCCCGGAUCGUGCAGACCCAGAAGGAGCACCAGAUCUGCAUCCACAAGCGUGAGCUCACCGAGCUGGACAUCUACCACCGCAUCCUCCGCUUCCAGAACUACAUGGUGGCCCUGGUGAACAAAUCCCUGCUGCCCCUGCGCUUCCGCCUGCCCGGCCUCGGGGAGGCCGUGUUCUUCACCCGCGGCCUCAAGUACAACUUCGAGCUGAUCCUCUUCUGGGGCCCCGGCUCUCUCUUUCUCAACGAAUGGAGCCUCAAGGCUGAGUACAAACGCGGAGGGCAAAGGCUAGAACUGGCCCAGCGCCUCAGCAACCGCAUCCUGUGGAUUGGCAUCGCCAACUUCCUGCUGUGCCCCCUCAUCCUCAUCUGGCAGAUCCUCUACGCCUUCUUCAGCUAUGCCGAGGUGCUGAAGCGGGAGCCCGGGGCCCUGGGAGCCCGCUGCUGGUCGCUCUAUGGCCGCUGCUACCUCCGCCACUUCAACGAGCUGGAGCACGAGCUGCAGUCGCGCCUCAACCGCGGCUACAAGCCCGCCUCCAAGUACAUGAAUUGCUUCCUGUCUCCGCUGCUGACGCUGCUGGCCAAGAACGGCGCCUUCUUCGCCGGCUCCAUCCUGGCCGUGCUUAUCGCCCUCACCAUCUACGACGAAGAUGUGCUGGCUGUGGAGCACGUCCUGACCACCGUCACGCUCCUGGGGGUCACGGUGACCGUGUGCAGCAGGUCCUUUAUCCCGGACCAGCACAUGGUGUUCUGCCCUGAGCAGCUGCUUCGCGUGAUCCUCGCUCACAUCCACUACAUGCCUGACCACUGGCAGGGUAAUGCCCACCGCUCGCAGACCCGGGACGAGUUUGCCCAGCUCUUCCAGUACAAGGCAGUGUUCAUCCUGGAGGAGCUACUGAGCCCCAUCGUCACACCCCUCAUCCUCAUCUUCUGCCUGCGCCCACGGGCCCUGGAGAUCAUAGACUUCUUCCGCAACUUCACCGUGGAGGUCGUCGGCGUUGGCGACACCUGCUCCUUCGCUCAGAUGGACGUUCGCCAGCACGGGCACCCGCAGUGGCUGUCCGGCGGGCAGACAGAGGCCUCGGUGUACCAGCAAGCAGAGGAUGGGAAGACAGAGUUGUCCCUCAUGCACUUUGCCAUCACCAACCCUGGCUGGCAGCCACCACGUGAGAGCACGGCCUUCCUGGGCUUCCUCAAGGAGCAGGUGCAGCGGGACGGAGCCGCUGCCAGCCUUGCCCAAGGGGGUCUGCUCCCUGAAAACGCGCUCUUCACGUCCAUCCAGUCCUUACAGUCGGAGUCCGAGCCCCUGAGCCUUAUUGCAAAUGUGGUGGCCGGCUCAUCCUGCCGGGGCCCCCCACUGCCCAGGGACCUGCAGGGCUCCAGGCACCGGGCUGAAGUUGCUUCUGCCCUUCGCUCCUUCUCCCCUCUGCAGCCUGGGCAGGGCCCCACAGGCCGGGCCCCUAGCACCAUGACGGGCUCUGGGGUGGACGCCAGGACAGCCAGCUCCGGGAGCAGCGUGUGGGAAGGACAGCUGCAGAGCCUGGUGCUGUCCGAAUACGCGUCCACCGAGAUGAGCCUGCACGCCCUCUACAUGCACCAGCUCCACAAGCAGCAGACCCAGGCUGAACCUGAGCGGCACGUGUGGCACCGCCGGGAGAGUGAUGAGAGUGGGGAGAGUGCCCCAGAGGAAGCAGGGGAGGGGGCCCGGGCGCCCCAACCCAUCCCCCGCUCUGCCAGCUACCCCUGUGCCGCACCCCGGCCUGGAGCACCUGAGACCACUGCCCUGCACGGGGGCUUCCAGAGGCGCUACGGAGGCAUCACAGAUCCUGGCACGGUGCCUCGGGCUCCUUCUCACUUCUCUCGGCUGCCCCUUGGAGGGUGGGCUGAAGACGGGCAGUCGGCAUCCAGGCACCCUGAGCCCGUGCCCGAGGAAGGAUCGGAGGAUGAGCUUCCGCCUCAGGUGCACAAGGUAAAGGCUUUUGGAAGAACGGCCGAGCACCACAGGGUAGCGGCUUGCAGGCUGAGGGAGCCGCGCGGGGGAAGUAAGGUGCCCCACCACCCACAAAGCGCACGCCCGUCGCCUCCGCAGCCGGCUCCGCCGUCCAGGGCUGGACUCUCCACUAGCCUCCCUAAGAAUCACCUCCUUUCUCCUUUCCCUGUCUUUGCUUUUUUUUUUUUUUUCUUCCUAACCCAGAUUUAUUUCCCCUGUCAUUGCCAAACACUCCCCAAGUCUUAACUCGCCAGAAAUGAACGUAGCUUCCUCAUCUCUCCUCCCUGACAACCUCCCGGACAGGGCUCUGAGGGCUAACUGCCAAUGAAAACGCAGAGUGGACACACCGUGCCCUGCACUUGUUCCCAAACUCCCUAUGCAGGUGGUACCCAGUGCGGGCGUGGGCGCUCCCUGUUGGAAAGUGGUCGUCGCAGAAGCCCGCAUUUUAAUGCUAUUUGGAGGAGCCCCGAGAACAGAGCAUGGGCAGGUGGUAACAGCCUUUUAGAAUUUAUGAAGGUUGUGCUUGUCUGCAUCAGGGUUAACUGUUUAUAUGGCAUAUGCCAUGGAAUAAGAACAGGUAAGACCAAGCAUUUACGGAACAGGGGAAGAGAUCUGGAAACACGACCACAAAGCCGCCCUCAGGCGGAAGCAGCCCCCUGAACACUGCCAGGCAGAGGUGCAGAAAGAAUUCUUUCCAGCUCCAGAUUACUAUCUGCACCUGGUGUCACAGUCGCAGGACACAAGGAAGAUGGGACUCAUGCAUCCUUUUCCUUUAUUUCCGGGUUUCCAUGGGACACGCGGAUUGCCGAGGGCUGCUCUCCAUCACCAUCUGUCUU